AUGACCCGACCCUCUUACCUUGCUGAUAAACAGACAAACGAAGUGAGGCUGUCACUGCACAUCGCGGUGGUGGUACUGUCACUGUACCACACCUGCAAGGCUAUUAGAAUUGGCCGUGCCAUACCGAACCCUAGCCAGAACUAUGCAGUGCUUGGGGAACCGAUCGAUGCAAAUUUAGAUGAAGAUGGCUACUUUUAUCCAAAGCCGAAGAUACCGUUUCCGCCACCGACAAGACCUCCUGCACCACCUUCAAAACCACCACCAGUGAACUCAGAAACAGACGGAUAUUUUUAUGAAAGGCCGCGUUUACCAUUCCCACCCCCUCCACAGCCGCCGAGGAUUCCUUCACCACCACCACCACAACCACCGAGAACCCCUCCACCUCCCCCUCCGCAACCUCCAAGAACACCGCCAACACCCCAACCACCACGUUUUCCUCCAUAUCAACCGCCAAGGAUACCACAACCCCCACCGCAGCCUCCACGGUUUCCACCAUAUCAGCCACCGAGGAUUCCUGAACCAUCCAAUAAUGGGUAUAAAUACAAUACGCCACGGAUUCCAUUUCCAGUAUCAACAACAACAGUAAAACCUGUAACCUAUUCUCCUCCUCCACCUUCAACAUAUCUACCACCUACAAGACCUCCACCUCCCCCUCCCCCAACCACUAGGCCACCUCCACCUCCUCCUCCACCUACUACAAGAGCCCCUCCGCUCACAAGACCGCCUUUACCUCCAUCACCCAAAACUCAAACAACUGGUUAUAAUUAUCCUAAGCCAACAGUUCCAUUUACAUUCCCUACAAAAGCACCACCUACACGUCCUCCACCACCACCAACGGCACCAACUUAUUUACCCCCCACACAGAGGCCACCACCACCACCCAGUCCACCGUCAACGUACUUGCCCCCUACCAGACCUCCACCUCCUCCUUCUCCUCCUCCUACAAGACCUCCUCCACCUCCCACAACUAGACCUCCACCACCUCCAACAACCAGGCCACCUCCACCUCCUCCACCUCCAACAACCAGACCGCCACCACCUCCUCCGACUAGAUCUCCUUCUUCACCUUCACCAAAAACUCAAACAACUGGUUAUAAUUAUCCUAAACCAACAGUCCCAUUUACAUUCCCUACCAAAGCACCACCUACACGUCCUCCACCACCGCCAACUGCACCAACUUAUUUACCCCCCACACAGAGGCCACCACCACCUAGUCCACCAUCAACGUACUUACCCCCUACCAGACCUCCACCUCCUCCUUCUCCUCCUCCUACGAGACCUCCUCCACCUCCUACAACCAGACCCCCACCACCUCCUCCGACUAGACCUCCUCCUUCACCUUCACCAAAAACACAAACAACUGGUUAUAAUUAUCCAAAACCAACAAUACCUUUUACGUUUCCACCACCAACAAGGCCUCCACCACCACCGAGCCCACCAUCAACAUAUUUACCACCGACAAGACCGCCACCUCCUGCUACCCGACCGCCAACGAGAGCGACUCCACAACUUACUCGUCGGCCUCCACCACCAAGUCCUCCAUCAACAUACUUGCCACCGACUAGACCACCUCCACCACCAACUCUACCAAGCACAAGACCACCACCACCGCCACCUCCUCCAACGACAAGGCGACCUCCUCCCCCACCACUAACACCUAAGACUCAAACCACUGGUUAUGCUUAUCCCCGACCAACAAUUCCCUUCACAUUCUCUACCAGAGCAUCGCCCACACGACCUCCGCCUCCACCUCGUCCACCAACUUAUUUACCUCCCACUCAACGCCCUCCACCACCUAGUCCACCGUCCACUUAUUUACCUCCUACUACUAGACCUCCUCCACCUCCUACGACUACCAGAACGCCGCCGCCACCACCACCACCGCCACCAUCUACAACACCCAGACCAGUUACUUACUUGCCUCCGAGUCCUUCAACAUAUUUACCACCGCCUAGACCGACCCUACCCCCAACUAGGCCACCUCCCCAGCCAUCGCCUCCUCCGACAAGACCCACAUAUAGGACUACGGGCUACGAGUAUCCAAAUCCCAAAGUUCCCUUUACAUUACCCACCCAACCAACAUACUUGCCACCAUCGCGCCCUACGAGACCUCCUCUACCUCCCUCUCCACCACCAACAAGACCUCCUCCUCCCCCUACAAGGCAACCAUACUUCCCAGUAACCACAAAGGCACCUUUCACCACCAGACCACCAUAUGUUCCCGAUGAAGGCUAUUACUACGAUCGACCGAGAGUACCAUUUGUAUUCUAA